AUGCUCACCAGAGCACACUCCGAAGUGCUUAUUCAGGAGUUCUGUCCGGCAAUGAGAGAGGAGCUGGCGGGCCUGCGUUCGGACCUGACCACCCUUGACACACGUGUAGAGGCCUCAGUGGCACAGAUCUGCCAACAGAGGCACAGAGCAACAGAAAUAGCGGCAACACACCAAGGCAACAUGUUGCUUACCCUCAGAAGACAGGUUGAGGACCUGGAGAACCGCAGCAGGCACCAAAACAUCAGGGUACGCGGCCUGCCGGAGCAUGAUACCACACCAGUGGUCACCACCCUGGAAGCACUGUUCCAGCAAAUACUUGGCCCAACAGCUCCUGCAGAGAUGAAAUUUGACUGGGCACAUGGACCCAAUUCGCCAAGAUGGCAGUCCCAGAGAUGUACUAUGCUGCCUCCAUGA